UUCGUGUGCCUGGCCGACGAGUUCCCGCAGCCCGUGCGGCCCGCCAAGCUGUCCAAGGGCAAGGGCCGGCUGCGGCGGCCGCGCCAGUCCCGCUUCAAGACGCAGCCGGUGACCUUCGACGAGAUCCAGGAGGUGGAGGAGGAGGGAGUGUCCCCCAUGGAGGAGGAGAAGGCCAAGAAGUCGUUCCUGCAGAGCCUGGAGUGCCUGCGCCGCAGCACGCAGAGCCUGUCGCUGCAGAGGGAGCAGCUCAGCAGCUGCAAACUGAGGAACAGCCUGGACUCCAGCGACUCCGACUCGGCCCUGUGAGGCGCCGCCCGCAGCGGGACUCGCGCGCCCCCGCAGCCCCCCGGGGA